AUGGGACGACUGGUCGUUAAAAACGGUUUGGAUAUUCACGGUUUGUCGACCAUUAAUGCAUUUGGGAAGAGAUCAAAGGGAAUGCCGUCUGUAGUGAUCGAAAUGCAAAACCAAGAAAUCGCUGCGGAAUCCAAUGACAGCAAAAUCAACGACAAAACCGAUGUAUUCUGUGAUGAGAGUCCGCUGACAAUCAGGUGCGGCGGUUGUGGUGACAAUAUAUACGACCGCUACUACCUGUUGACUGUGGACAGGCACUGGCACUGCCGGUGCCUUAAGUGCACCCAUUGUGGCCAGCAAUUGGAGUCACAAUUGACGUGUUUCUCGCGACACGGACUCAUUUACUGCAAACAGGACUACUAUAGACUGUUUUGGUGGCAAAAGUGUGUCCGGUGCUCGCAGUCCAUACAACCCAAGCAAUUAGUUAUGCGAAUCAGUAUUGACAGCCAUAACAGCCAUUACUAUCACGUCGAGUGUUUUACAUGCGUUACAUGCGAUCAACAGUUGAGAAAAGGAGACCAUUUCGGUCGACAUAACAAUUAUAUUUAUUGUCGCUUUCAUUACCAGCAACUAAUUGAUGCCACCGAUGCUGCUGGUGGUGGUAGUGCCGGUGCCCCACAACACACACCACCCGAUCACCCGUUACCGCAGUCUAACUGUGCGCCCGAUUCCGAUGCCUGCGAUAAGAAAUCGGUGAAAUCGUCGGCCGAUUCUUAUCACCAAAAGACAAAACUUUAUAAAAAGCGAAAAACAAAGUUAACCCAAAAGUUCAUCGAUAAAUGUGAGUCCGAUUGCCGU